AAAGUACUGGUUUCAACAAAUAGAAAACAAGAAACAGAGAAGUGGCAGUUUUACCAAAAAAGCUGUAAUGUAAAAUCCAUCAGUGCACUGGCCAAAUCCCACCACCAAUCUCUCCAAUUCUCUCUCUACCAAGAGAGAGAAGAAACAGAGCAAGCACCCAUUUGGGAAAAUCAUGACCCCACCCCACCAUGCUAUUGAAAUCCCUCAACUCCUACACCAUCGCACUAAUGUCAGGCUUCGCUCUCCUCAUCCUUCUCUUAUCUGGGAUCCUCGAGUUCCCAUCAGUCUCUUCUUUGAUCCCAUCGGCUAAGGGCUAUAGAUUGCAAGCUAAUUCCACGCCUGAUCCCUUCAGCGAUCUGUUCGGUGCAUUUAGGAAAUGGGAUGCUCAGGUGGGUUGCUCUCAGUUCAGAGAUAAACACAAGGCGUUGGUGAAAAAUGGGUCGUUGGCAUUUCAAGAAGUUGAUGGUGAGUUGGGUUGUGGUGAGGUGGAGAUGGGUCAUGUGAGUGUUUUGGUGAAAGGGUGGACUUGGGUUCCUGAUAAUUUGGAUAAUUUGUACUCGUGCCGGUGUGGGUUGAGCUGUUUGUGGACCAAGUCGUCUGUUCUUGCUGACAAGCCCGAUGCUUUGUUGUUUGAGACGGUGUCGCCGCCGGUUCAGAGACGCAAUGGAGAACCGCUUCGCGUAUACAUGAAUCUUGAGGCUGGCAGAAAGCGAACAGAUCGCGAGGAUCUGUUUAUUAGUUAUCAUGCCGAGGAUGAUGUUCAGGCCACUUAUGCUGGUGCCCUCUUUCAUAAUAACCGAAACUACCAUUUGUCUUCUUACAAGAACAAUGAUACACUGGUUUAUUGGUCGUCGUCGCGUUGUCUUCCUCAAAGAAACAAACUUGCCAUAGCUCUCCUCAAGCUGCUACCGCACCACUCAUUUGGCAAGUGCUUGAACAACGUCGGCGGCCUAGAUAUGGCCCUAACUCUCUACCCAGACUGUGUUAAAGAUAGAAACUCUGCCCCUCAAUGGUGGGACCAUUUACACUGUGCCAUGUCCCACUACAAGUUUGUCCUUGCCAUCGAAAACACAGUGACAGAAAGUUAUGUGACGGAGAAGUUAUUUUACGCCUUGGACUCUGGAGCAGUACCUAUCUAUUUUGGUGCUCCAAAUGUGUGGGAUUUUGUCCCUCCACAUUCGAUAAUAGACGGGACUAAAUUUGCAUCGAUGGAAGAACUAGCUUCUUAUGUGAAGGGCCUUGCCAAUGACCCUAUCGCCUAUGCGGAGUACCACGCGUGGAGAAGAUGCGGUGUGAUGGGUAGUUACGUAAAAGCACGUGCGGCAAGCUUGGACACAUUACCGUGUCGGUUGUGUGAGGCAGUGAGCAGAAGGGGUGGGAGAAAUGCUAGAGCCUUGUGAAGCUUUAACUGAUCAAUACUAGUGACAUUUAAAAAAAAAAAAAAAAACUGAUCAAUACUUGCUCGGGUUUUUUGAAUGUUCACAUAGUGAGCUUUGAGUUUUAUAAAAUGAUAGUGAUUUCUUGUAGAAGCAAAAUGAAUUAGGAGCAGCUUAUAAAUGAAAGAACAAGCUUGAAUUCAUGCUUGGAAUAACAAUCUUGACAGGUUUGUUUUCUUC